AUGGGAGUCCGGGGAGUGCUCACUCUGCUGUUCUGCAUGUGCGGGACAGGGUUGAUUUGCGAACGGGUAAACGGGGUGUUCGCAAGGGAGAAGGCGAAAUUGUUGAAGGUGGGAAGGUCGGAAAGGAGGGCCAACCAUCCAUUACGUAUUAGAAGAGCGAAGGAAGGAUUCAUCAGGUGUAAUGUUGGAGGGAAGGGGACGAAGAAUUUGCAUGGGAGGAUGGACUUCCCCCGAGGGGGUAACCCUACCAGCAUUAGGGAGACGUCCCUUUUUUUUAGUGAAUACCCAGGGGGGUCGUCUUCCUGUGUGUGGACAAACGAACAUGGAGGGAUCACUCCGAGGUGGACCCAAAGGAGAAGUGAGAUGAGCAUCCCUGGUAGAGUGUAUCGAAGUAGGGGGAUGAGUUUAAUGCGCCAAAUGGGGGGACAGAGAUCUGCCUCUUUCAGGCUGGGAGCGAAAAUGCCAGUGAUCACCGUGAAUAGGAAGCUCUUCCCGAAGGACUACAGCACAGACUACGAGGAGGUCUUGCGCAAGUUCAACGUGACCUACAUAAAUUACAAAACGAGGUUAAGGAGUAAAAAGGAAAUAGACAUACGGGCUAUCGAUGAUCUGUAUGGCCAAAUAUAUGACCGCAACGUGUUAAAGAAGCAAUUCUACUUUUUCCUUUACAAUGACGAUAUAAACACCUGUCACAGAGUGUUAAAUGAAAACAGAAAUGUCCUAACGAGGGAGGAGUCCUUUCAAAUGCUAAACAGCUUGCCCUAUAUCUUUUUCAACCACCUGAAGUAUGUCUACCCGACGGAAGAUAAUGUGGACCUCAUACUUUCCAAGCUGCUGAAGACCUACCUGUUCCAAUAUUCCAAUGAUAAGAACAUAGAUUAUUUGAACUUCAAAUAUAGGUAUAAUGAGUUGGAUGAAUAUUGCCAGGGGUUGGAGCGGGCGUUUCUCGCUUGGCAGUCCUCAGGGGUAGACACCCACGUGGCAGCAAAUAUCAACGAAGUAACAACCCUUAGUGACCCCAAGGGUGACGCCAUUUACGACGAUGGGCGAGAUACAAACUACGAGCUGAAAUACAGACACAUGUCCUACGACUACAAAAUCAUCGAAUCUACCAGUAAAUAUAAGGACCUCAUGGAGCGGUUCGAAAAAUACCCAAAGAGCAUCAAGCUGCAAAAGGUACAAUUGCUCUACACCAAAAUAAUAAGCAUGAAGGCAAACAAGCUGUGGGAGGCAUUUAGGAAACACGAAAGUGUGAAGAGAAAUGAAGACAGAAAAAUCUACAGAAAUGCAAAAAGAACAUUAGACCCAGAGAAACUUACCCCUUGUCUAAAUGAACCGAUAAAAUAUGACCCCAAGGAAAAACAAAGGGUAAACGAAUUGUUUCACAAAUAUGUGAAGGACAAAGACCUUACCAAAGCAGCCCUCAUCAUAAGAAAACACACCAACCUGAUUGACACGAAGGAGAAGAAGAGCCAACAGAUAAUGAAAGAAUUUCUACGUUUGCAUGAAUACAUAUACAAAUGCAACAAGUACAGUGAAAAAGAACUGGCCCACUUGCGGAUGAUCUACUAUUCCACUGUUCAGAAACCGAGGGUUAUACGAAAAAUAUGCGAAGUAGGAAUGUGGGAACAGGGAGUAAACGCUACUCAUAAGGAAGUGUACGAAAAGCAACUAAAUGAGUAUUUGCAAAAGAGGGAGGCUCUACGGGAUGAAAGAAUGAAGAAGAAAAAUAUCGAUAUGGAUGAAAUACGAGACUUCAGUUCGGCAUAUCCUAUGGAAUGGUUGCCUGUUCUGUAUAAAGAUAUGUUUGAGCAAAUCGAACGGGAAAAAAAUUUAAAAAGUUCCGAGAGGAAAAGUGUCCUCAGUAAGAAAAGUGAUUCAAUCAAGAGGAUGUUUUCUCCUGGGGGGGCCGAUAGAGCUACUGGUGACGCCUCUCUGGGGAUGCCACCGAAGGAACGGUCGAGAGGCAAAGAGUCCACUCACGACCUCCUGAAUGUGAAGAACGAACUUAAGUUUGGCCGCAACGUCUUGAAUUACAAGAAGAAGAUCUUGGGCAAGAAUAGGCGCAAGCGGGAGGAGGCCUCCAAAGGGGGCACGUCCGGAGGAGGAGGGAAGUCUGCCAAGGGGGGUAAGGACUCCACCGAGGCGGAUUCGUAA